UUAGGUCUCCGGCUGGGUGCCUGCCUUCCUCCUCCCUAUCAGCUGCGCCGGCGGUGGCGAGUCCCUUUGGGAGUGGCGGCAGGAGCUGAACGGCUGCCGUCGAGCGUGGAGCACAGCGCGAUGGCCUGGCAGCCAGCGUCGAGACGGUCCACCGGCAGGUGUUCGCUUUGGGGCCGCACUACCCCCAGGCGCCUGCAGCACUGGCUGGCUUUUCUGGAUUUGCCUGCCCAGCUGCUCCAUGCCUGGUUGGAGGAGGUACCAGCUGCAUCCUGGAGGCUGGACCCUGCAGAUGGCACAGCUCUGUGGCUCACCUCGCUGUGGUUGGUGGCCGCAAUGGAGACUGCAGCUCAACUGGAGAGAGUCCGAGAUGGCUUUGGGUUCCCAGUUCUGUGUGUUCCUGUCUGGUUCCUGAACCCAGCUGGAGAAAUAUGUCAGUCCCAACUGGUGAAGUACUGAGAGGAAGCUACACAAAAGAUAGCUAGGUAUUAGUAAUUGUACCUCUGACAUUUUAACCACCUCUGACUUUUCCAUGGAAUGGACAAGUAGUAGUCUCUGUCAGAGCUACAUUUUAAAGGAAAAAAAGAAACUUGAAGUUGAAAACUAUUGAUUAAUUCAUGAUGUUAUUUUGUGUUUACUCAGCUCAUUUAUGUUGACUUGUAAAUUAUUAAUUUAUGAACCGUUAGUCAUCAAUUCAUUGCCUACAUAUCAACAAACAAGUUUUCUUUUUAAUAAUCUGGUGGCUGGGCACAGUGGUUCCCUCCUUUAACCUCAACACAUUGGAAGGGCAAGGUGGGAGGAUUGCUUGAGGCCAGGAGUCUAAGACCAGCCUGGGCAACAUAGAAAGAUCUCAUCUCUACAAAAAAAAUGAAAACAUUGUCUGGGCAUGGUGGCUCAUUUUUGUAGUUCAAGGUACUCAGGAGCCAGGAGUUUGAGGCUGCAGUGAGCCAUGAUCCUAACACUGCUUUCCAGUCUGAGUGACAGAUCAGGACAUCAUCUCUUAAAAAAAAGGAAUCUAAAGGCUUUAGUGUGUGCACACAGCAUGGCUUGUGAAUGUGGAAGUGCCUGUGUGUGUGUGCAUAGGUGUGCUCAAGAAUGUGUUGAUGAUUACACCGUCUUAGAAUAAAGAUCAUUUUUAUAAAGAUCUCUCCAUGUCUUAGAUUUGAUUCUUCCUAGGAAUAUUUCCCUCAUUGACCUUUGAAAGCACCUGACCAUAUAUAAAAAUGAAGAAUUUUCAUAACUCAUAAAAGGAGAAUUAUGACAUCAUCUACUAUUUAUGUCUCUGGUCUCAUAAAUCUGAACUAUCAACCUGCUUAUUUUUAUGUACUGUCACACCGUGUAUUCCCUGCAUUGAAUGCUGUUCUAUUGACAUUCUCUCUCUAAAUUGUAGAAAGUUUUCUGUACCCUAAAUUUUCUAUUAUAGGGAUUAAAUAGCCACUAUCCUUUUUUUUCCCAAGUCUUACAGCGUAAAGGGUAAGUAAAUACAGCCCUCACAGCAGCCUGUUGUUUGUCCUGCAAUUAUGUUUCCAUCACAUUACACAAAGCCUCUUGGUCUUCAUGGUAGUAUCCUACUAAUAAGUUUUUUUUUUUUUAAUGAUGUAAUAUGUGUGUAUACAAAUACCUAUAUGUGUAUACACAUACAGCUGAUACCUAGUGUGAUUACAUAUGGAUGAACUAUAGAAUUAGCUUGUAAUUUUAGGAAAAUAAGUUAUUUUGUAAAGAUACAUCUCAUGUUCAAGAAAGAUAAUUGCACUUGAAUCAGUUAUGGAUGCCUCAGCCUAAACACAAUAUGGAAAGAGCAGUAACUAAAAGUCAUUUUAGAGUACUGCUAGGCUAUUCAACGUAUCAUCACAUUUAAUUAAAAUGUCAGUUUGAACCAUG